AUGCUAUCCUUUGCCCCCGCGCCCAUCUUUACAGCCACCUGCGACCACCACCGCCCAGCCGUCUCAUCACCGCUCUCGUCGUCGCCGCUGCGCCCCUCCUCGCCCCUCGGCGCGCAAGAGGACAGGUCCUCAUCCUACGCCGCGAUACGCCAGACGCAGUCAUCGCCAAUUCAGCCGCCCAAGUUCCGGUAUGCCGCGUGCGCGACGCCUGCGACGCGACGCAACCCAUUGCUACGCCGGCGCGAGGACGCGCAGCAGCGGCGGCGGGUCAACUUUUUGCGCGGAGUGCGCGACAAGGCCGAGGACAAGGCGUGGCAGCGGCGGGAUAUUGAGGGACAGUUUCUGAAAACCAACUGGAUCGCAGACAUGCAUCGCCUAUCGUACGACGCGCCAGAGCUGUCCGAAGCGGAUAUAGAAGAAGCCUCGAGUUUUCGUCCUGAGUCGAUGUUGCAGCCCGAGGACGGGAAUAUGGACGGCGACGACGACGACGACGACGACGACGACGACAUGGCGGAUGAGUGUGGCGAGGAUGCGGAGCUCGAGGCCAUGUUUGCAUCGUAUCAGCAGCAGCAGCAGUCGCUGCAAUCGCCGGCGAUGCGUCCGAUAUCCCCCUCCUUGUCAGAUGACGAGUACGAUGAUCUCUUUGAAGAGCUGCUCUCGGCAAAGGAUAUUGAUCAGGCUACGCGGAUGCAACAACACGCCGGCUCGGCAGACGACAUGGACAUGGAAUAA